UGUACCCGCAGAUUGUGCGGAUUUUCUAUUAACUGAACCGGUCCUGGGGAAAUCACUGGUGUUUGGGUGCCGGUUUGGGUCCGGCGGAACUCACCGGCGUUUGGGUGGUUUGGGUCCGGCGGGGUUCGUUUUCUAGAGCCGACUGUGACGGCUUCAUCACUCUCUCCAAUUCGCACAUUCUCUCUAAGGGCUCUUCGAAAUCAAGGUUAGGAUUUAGGAACAUUGAUCAGUUUAGUCCUGGACAACAAUUAUAGUGAAUGGCGCAACAAGCAGUGCAGAAGAACACGCUGUACGUGGGAGGGCUGGCGGAGGAGGUGAACGAGGCAAUACUCCACGCGGCGUUCAUACCCUUCGGGGACAUUAAGGACGUCAAGACGCCGCUGGACCAGGCCACCCAGAAGCACCGCUCCUUCGGCUUUGUCACCUUCCUCGAGAAAGAGGACGCCUCCACCGCCAUGGACAACAUGGAUGGCUCCGAGCUCUACGGCCGCGUCCUCACCGUCAACUAUGCCCUCCCCGAGCGCAUCAAGGGUGGCGAGCAGGGCUGGGCCGCCCACCCCAUUUGGGCGGAUGCGGACACAUGGUUUGAAAGGCAGCAGCAAGAAGAGGAAAUGCAGCGUAUUCAGGCAGAGAACCGGGCUGCAAUGGAGGCUGCAGAGGAGUUGCAUCGAAAGAAAGUGGCCCAAGAGCGAGAAGGGGAAAAGGAAGAUGAAACAGAGAUCAAGGAUGAUCCCAUGGCAAGGGCUGAAGCAGAGGUUUUGAAAUAGAAUAGUUAGUUCUUUGCUACCAAAAUGAGCACUAGAUGAGUUUUGCAUUCAAUUUUGAUGAGGCUGGAAUUCCAAGUAACCAAGUUUGUGAGCUGCAAUUUACUUCCCAAAAUUGUAAGUGGCUUAGUAGGAAACUAUGCGGUCAUUAAACAGCAAUAUACACCCGCAUCAACAUGUUCAAUUUCAACGGUUAAUACUCCGCAUCUAUCUACCAAAAACAUAGACAUAUUAUUACCAGAUAAUCACAAAAGAUGCAGGGCAACAGGUAUGAACAUAAAUGUCAUCAAUCUCAUAAAAAUUUAACCUCUUUGCAAAUUCCUGGACCGUAGUACUGUCAUCAAAGCUUCCGACCAUAUGAUGAUAACAAAGUGCACUUGAUGGGCAGUUCUCGAGCGGAUCCAAUACCAUUACUUUAAUGGCCAUUUGUGAUGCUGCUCGACAUAACAUGCGACCCAGGUGCCCUCCUCCCAGAACUCCAACAAUCAUAUCGGAUGGUCCAUGUACAGGUGCAUC